GUGUGUUGACCUAUGGUCCUCUAGCAGGUUUGGGGUUCUGUCGCCCGGGCGUUGACUGGGGGAAGACAUGGCGCUCGAUGCCGGUUUGGUGUGCGCUUCACUAUAUGCCCGGGUGGGUCGUAUAUGAGCAUGAGGGCAGAGGGAAGUGGUAUCUUGGAGCUCGCCGGUUGACGGGGAUGUUUUUGGAUGGAGGUGAUUAGGCUGCUGGCCUCGGUGUCUCUCGUCCUUGUGGCUUAUUUGGUGGGGAAGUACGAGAAGGAAGCGUUGUCACUUUUGCGUGGGGUUGGCUUCACCCUUGCCCGAUGCUUGGCGCAUGUUGGUGGAGGUGUUUGGCGCUUGUUGGGCGGGUUGGAUGUUCUUUUUACGAGCUUGGUUGCGGAACUCGGUCACAUCUUGAUCGCGGCUCUUUCGUGGCUGUGUGCGUAUGAGGUAUCUUCCAUUUGCCUCCAUCUCGGGCACUAUUUGGCAUCUAGGUGGCGCUGGUGGCUGACUGUGGACGGUGCCUCUGGUGUGUUAGUCACACUUUUGGUGAUUGGAGCGAGGUGCGGCCGCAUGCUAGGGUCUGGUGGGCUUACACGCUCUGCUCUGAAGAGGUGGAAUCCGCUUGCACGGUUGCAGCGGUUAGAGCAAUGGUGUUUGGAGCUUGUGGCUCGCUUGGGGAGUCAGGGUCCUGCUCCUCGGGUGGAGUCGUCUUCAUCAAGUGCUUCGCAAGCUCCGCAGCUGGGUGCCACAUCUGCUUGUGGGAUUCCUACGGACCGGCUUAUGGAGAAGAGGCAGAAUCCAUGGGUUAAGUUUUUACAUCCCCCUCCGCUGGCAAGGCUGCACUUGAGAACGGUUGCUCGGCAGCGGUUUGGUCAGUUGAGGGAUGAGGGAGGGCACUCAUCUUAUGAUGAGAACGACAAGGAAAUGAUUCGAUUCGACCUGCACCCCCCCCUAAGGCGGUCGGCUUUGGAGCGUUUGUCGGUGGGCAUACCUUGCUAUGGUCGGCCGGAGGUUCGGUAUGUGACAAGUGAGACUCCCUUGUGUGACCUGUGCCGGAGACAUGGUCAUUUGGCUAGCGCGGCCCAGUGCCUGACGGUGGGGGAAACGAGGGAAGAGAUUCGCCGCAGGGAAAAUCAUAUACGUUUACACCCGGCUCGUUCGGUCAACGCUGCUGAGGAGGUUGAGGGUUGGGUCCUCUUUGAGAUGAAGGCGAAUUUGAUGAUCGGUGCGGAGAUUAUGGCUGAUGAGAGCUUGGGAGAUGUGUGUGGUUUGGCUGAAGUACGUUUCCUCCCACCUUUGAGGGGCUGCGUGCGUGGGGGCUGGGCGCGCGGAAGUGGUAUUGACUCAGGGGGCGUGGGGGUACCAACUCGGCCGGUGACAUCACCGUCUCACGACCGGAUGCGUGGGAACACGCCUUCGGGAGCACGGUGGGAUGAGAGUGAUAUGAGUGAUCACCCCUCGGAGUGCUGGAGAGAUGACGCCCCUGGGGUACCGACUGAAGGAGUAGGGAUGCCGCCCUUUGUGCAGGCGGGCCAGGCGCAGUCAUCGAAUGUAGGAGCGGGGGGGUCGCAGCAGGGGGGAGCGGCGGGGCAACAUCAAGAAGGUUCAGCUCCGCAAAUGAUGGUGGUUCCAGGGCAAUUGCCUAUUGAAGGCCGUCAAGGGCAUGAGGAUGCCAUUAUGCAGGAUGUUUCCCAGGUGCCGGUGGUGGAAAUGUUCAAUGAGCCACAGCAGAAUGAUCCCCCCCUUUUCCAAGGUGGCUCGGGUCAGCGACAGGAUGGAGGAUUGAGUCGAUUAAGUGGUGAACUCCGGAAUGAGGGAGGAAUUCAGGGUGGACAACUAAUUCGGUCAAUGGGCGAGCGCCGGAAUGAGGUAAGUGCCCCGGAUGGACAGCUAAGUUCACCGUCGCAGCAGGGUGGUGAUGGUCAACAGGAGGAGUUUAGGGAGGGACCCUCAACUAGGAAGCGCUCUCGCUCUCGUAAGUCAGCUAGGAAGGGGAAGCCUCAUGGGAAGGCUGAUCUUAGUAGAAAGGGGAAGCAGCUGAUGGUGCAGGGCUCUGCUAGCUCGGAGGAGGAUGAGCCGCCCAUGAAGGUGAGAGAAGUUUGUAAGGGAGGGGUGUUGGUGAUCCCAGGGACGGAUGGGGGGCAGCCGGUGAUAAGGGGAGGGAGUUCGCCUUGUUGCCCUUCGCAGGGCAUGGGCCCCCCGUCUAAUAUGCGGUCGGCUAGCCGGCCUGCGGUCCUCACGCGACUUGAACGGGUUAUUGAAGCAAGUGAUGAGGAAGGCUCUAACGCGGUGGCUGUCCAGUCAGUAUCGUGCCAGGAGAUCAGGGCACCACUGAGGACCUUGGCCGACGAGCACUCCCCCUCGCCCGAUUUGCUUCGAGGCCGGGUGAGAUUAUCGUCCCCGGACCCCGCACGACGUGCGCAGGAAGAAGGCCGGGACGAGGAGCCAGAGCCCAGAACGGCUGGGAGGGAUAUGGAUCCAGGAGAGGGAGACAUUUUUAUGGGGACGAAAGUGGGGGUUGCAAUAAUCCUGACGAGGUUUUUCACGGGAAAGGUUCAGGACUACUUUUGGGAUACGUUGGGAAGGUGGACAUGGAUGUUCAUUGAGGAAGGGGGGACGAAGUCGUUGGUGGCUACUGUUUAUGCUCCAGUGGAUGUCACUGAGCGUAAGUGGUUUUGGAGAAAUUUUGCGGCUUGCCUUCCGGAGACGGAUGUUGUGCAAUUGAUAGGGGACUUCAACACGGUCAUCCGUCCGGGUAUGGACUCGGUUGUUCUGGGGGAUCCAAGGCCGGAUGUGGAGGCCCUCCGUGGUUUAAUGGCUGACAUGGCCUUGGUGGAUGUCUUCCGCAGAAUUUCCCCGGAUGACAGGAACUUCACCUGGUUUGGGACCUCCCCUUUCUUUCAAAGCAGGCUGGAUAUGGAGUGGGUUUCGAGUGAUCUCCUGUCGAAUCUUCUGGGCUUUGACCAACAACUGGUACCAAUAUCGGACCACAAGGUUAUUGUUGUUUCGUUGGCUUUGCAUCCCCGAGUGGCCAGGAGACCGCCUCCGAUGUCUGCCCCGUCGUGGUCAUUAUUUGAUGCCCUUCAUAGGGAACUUGUCCAACAGCAUUGGGAGCAUUGGCUUACGUUGCGUCCUCAACAUGUGUCGCCCCUGGAGCAUCUCCAUCAUGGUGUUCAAGCUUUGGUUGGGAUCAUGAAAAAGAAGGCUAAGGCUUCAAGGCAAGCGCAUGAUCAAACAUGUCAGGAGUACCUUCGUCGGAUCGAGGCGUUGGGUGAAGUCCCGCCACCAGGGAACGAGGAUGAAUGGUGGGCAGAGUGGGUUCUUUUGUAUUCAGAAUGGGCUAGUUGGCAGGCUCGUGAUGCGGAGUUAUGGGGUCUCGGUUCAAAAUCUAAGUGGGUACGGGACGCGGAAUGCAUGUCCAGGGCUUUCUUUGCCCAAAUGAAGAAGACUUCUCACUUGCCAUUGAUCGUGGCAAUGGGCCACCCAUUUGAUCCACUUGAAGCUAAGGCGGAUACUAAUCCCGACAUCAUCAAGUAUGUUGAAUUGUUUUAUGAGAAUCUGUAUUGUGAAGAUAAGUGUUGGCAAGAAGAGGACAUGAUGGUUGUGUCGGCUAAGGAUGUAUGGGACAAGUGUGUCACUCAGGUGUCACCUGAGUUUAAGGCUUUUUUGGAUGCACUCCUUACCUAAGAGGAAGUAGCAGAGGCGCUGUCCGGGAUGCACAAAGGCAAGCCGCCG